AUGUUCGGACUGGUUAUCACGUUGCUGCUGGCGGUGGGAGUGUACGGCUGUGGGACCCCCACAUACGCGCCACAAAGCCGGGUGGUGAAUGGGGAGGACGCCGUCCCCCACAGCUGGCCGUGGCAGAUCUCCCUGCAGUAUGAGAAAGCCGGCGCGUUUCACCACACGUGUGGGGGGAGCCUCAUUGCUCCUAACUGGGUCCUGACUGCGGCUCACUGCAUCUCAUCUGGCCGUACCUACCAGGUGGUGCUGGGAGAACACGACCGCAGCGCGUCCGAGGGUGGGGAGCAGAUCAUCGCGGUGGACAGCGCAGACAUUUUCGUCCAUGAGAAAUGGAGGAGCAGCUGCGUGGCUUGCGGGAACGAUGUCGCGCUCAUCAAACUCUCCAGAACCGCGCAUCUAAAUGACCAAGCGCAGCUCGGCUGCCUGCCCCAGGCAGGGGACGUUCUGCCCAAUAACUACCCCUGUUACAUCACAGGCUGGGGUCGUCUUACCACCGGGGGCGCUCUCCCUGAUGUGCUGCAGCAAGCUCUCCUGCCUGUGGUGGAUCAUCAAACCUGCACCCAGAGGGACUGGUGGGGCAGCUCCAUAAAGACCACCAUGAUCUGUGCCGGAGGGGACCUCCAGUCUGGGUGUAACGGAGAUUCUGGGGGACCCCUGAACUGCCAGGGCCCUGACGGUAGGUGGGAAGUCCACGGCAUCGCCAGUUUUGUGUCCUCUUUGGGCUGCAACGCUCUGAAAAAGCCAACCGUUUUCACUCGAGUUUCUGCAUUCAACGACUGGAUCCAAAACAUUAUCGGAAAGAAUUAAAGCUGCUGCGGUUAUCUGUGAUAUUGGGAUGUGCUGAAUCCACCGCCGGAAUUCUCUGACACUGACCACAGCAGAUCCUCCCGAUACCCAUCCAAAAUAAACACUUUGAAUAGCAACACAA